AUGAACCCACCACAUAUCCUCAUUGCGCGCAACUCCCGGGGCCUAAAUACCGCGAACCCGUCCGCGUCCCUCAGUUCCCCCACCGAGACUCACGCCGCGGCGGCGGGUAUAUUCAGGUCUGCCGGCUCCCCCCCAUGGUACCUCCAGGAGUGUGAGUCCGACGAGAUGGUCUCCUCUCUCAGCAAUGACGGCGACUAUGAUGACCCCAUCGAGCUCGAUGGAACCUUCACCAAAAAUGCACCUUUCCCCGGCACCGUCAAGAUCAUCGUAGAGAGCACCACCUUCUGGGCGCACAAAGAAGUGCUCUAUUUCGCCUCGUCCUUCUUCCAGGCGGCGCUUAGUGGCCAGUGGGCUGAGACAGGCCGUCCCUUGUCCAUGUCCUCUGUUAUAACCAUCUCGCAGCCUCCUUCCGUACCCGGGUGUUCCAAGGCAGGGGGUCCUCCGGCGGAGAUGACUUUCGCCCCCGUGGACCCUGAUUUGGAUCCAGAAGAAGGUGGCCUUGGACUUGACAUUGACCCCGAUGCCAAGAGAGACUCUAGCGGGUGCGAGGAUAACAUAGAUGAGAAUGCUCACAUUACAAAGGUACGAGCUAGAGAGCGCAGUCUGAAUAAGCUCGAGAGCACGAGCCCAACCACCGUGAACGUCGACAAGGGCACGCAAAGAGCACCUGACAACGACGGCGAAGUGGGGAUACCCGUACAGAAAGAUGGAUUAUUAUUAAAGGACAAGAGAAAGCCCGACGCGAUCAUCAUUUUGAAAGAGGAGAAGGCUAGCACAUUUCAUGACUUCCUUAAAUUCGUAUAUCCACACCUCGUGUGCACGAUCACCUGGAACAACGUCGAGGGGCUGAUGAACAUUUCGCAUAAGCUGCAUGUCGGCGCGCUUGAGCGCGAGUGCCUUACGUUCCUUCUCACACAUGCAGCCGGGCGGCCUCUCAAGGCGAUGCGCAUCGCGGAGCUAUUCGGUGAGGAGGAGCUCUAUCGCGAGUCCUCGCGCUUCGUACUCGAUAAUCCUGGUGGCUGGUCCGAGGAAGAGCUCAGCACUCUCAGCCAAGAGACCCUCCUGAAGCUGGAGAAACGCCGGACGUGGUUCCUGGAGCGCGUCCUGAAGCUCGGCCUCGUCCAGGUAGCGAAAGAGUACCAGUGUUGUUCAACAUGCCCGGACCCCGCUAACUGUGCACGCCUGCUCGAGGAAAAAUGGAGGCUAGCUUAUCAAGCCGUCUUCCGCUUCGGUCCCUGCCAACCUUCAAUGGUUUUCCGCUACCUGCGAACCAUGGAAGGCAUCAGUCCGCCGCUCUCCCUCACUCACCUCAGCUGCCAAGCGACCGCGAAGGCGUUCAUCACUGCACUGUUUGACAGGAUGUUCUCACUCGGUGUGUGGGGUAGUGGUACCGACACUGCUCCGCUGGGCGCGCGAGUUGCUGCAGUCGCUGGAGUGUCGACUGGUCUUCGACGCCAUUUCUUGUAUUGCACACUCAAAGCCGAGCCGACUACGCGCGGUAAGCGGUCUCGCGAGUUGUCGUAG